CCUUUAUGUGGCAUAUGAGCAAAUUCCCUGCUGCCAUGGCUCAUAUCGAGCGAGAGUUCCCAUGGCAACUUACUGCAACAAUGCUCAACCAUACCUUCCAGUCCUGUGGAUUCGAGGCACGAAUGGAGAGCGAGGAGUUUCCGGGUGCUCUCAAGAAUGACACUCCUCGUCCUCUGCCGGAGGAUUUUGCGAUGAGGAGCUUGGUCUAUACGGAGGACUACCUACCAUCGCAGUGGUUUAAAGAUAGCAAGGUGGAGGAAGACGAGAAACAAUUCGAGCUGGCUUCAAUGGUCGACCAGCGAAAAGAGAGACUCCUUUGGCUGGGACGUAAGAUCGCAUCUACUGGAAGGUGGCUCACAUGGAAUGAACCUACACGACGAUUCAGGGUAGCAGAGGAGUGGGUUGAUCUAGAGGAUACUGCAAGUACUUCCUCGGCGUUUGGCGAACAUAAUACACACAGU